GGCAUUGGGCGCCAUUUUGAAAAGGGAAAAAAUUCCCUCCCCGGCGGUGGCGGGAGCGGCGGCAGCAGCGGCGGAGGCGGCGGCGGCCGGGGCUGAGCGCUCGGAGCGCCUCGGUCGGCCGCGCUCGGCUGGGCGCGUCCCGCCCGCUCCAUGGCAGGAGCCGGAGGAGGCGGCUGCCCGGCGGGCGGCAACGACUUCCAGUGGUGCUUCUCGCAAGUGAAGGGCGCUGUCGACGAGGACGUGGCGGAAGCCGACAUCAUCUCCACCGUUGAGUUUAACUACUCUGGAGACCUUCUUGCAACAGGAGACAAAGGUGGCAGAGUUGUUAUUUUCCAGCGGGAACAAGAGAAUAAAGGCCGCGCUCACUCUAGGGGAGAGUACAAUGUUUACAGUACCUUUCAGAGUCAUGAGCCAGAGUUUGACUAUUUGAAAAGUCUAGAAAUUGAAGAAAAAAUUAAUAAAAUCAGGUGGUUACCGCAACAGAAUGCUGCUCAUUUUCUACUCUCUACAAAUGAUAAAACUAUUAAAUUAUGGAAAAUAAGUGAACGGGAUAAAAGAGCAGAAGGUUAUAACUUGAAAGAUGAAGAUGGACGACUUCGAGACCCAUUUAGAAUUACGGCACUACGGGUUCCAAUAUUGAAGCCCAUGGACCUUAUGGUAGAAGCAAGUCCACGACGAAUUUUUGCAAAUGCUCAUACAUAUCACAUUAAUUCCAUUUCAGUAAAUAGUGAUCAUGAAACAUAUCUCUCUGCAGAUGAUCUGAGAAUUAACCUAUGGCAUUUAGAAAUCACAGAUAGAAGCUUCAACAUUGUGGACAUCAAGCCAGCUAACAUGGAGGAGCUGACAGAAGUCAUCACUGCCGCUGAGUUCCACCCACACCAGUGCAAUGUGUUCGUCUAUAGCAGUAGCAAGGGGACCAUCAGGCUGUGUGACAUGCGCUCCUCUGCCCUGUGUGACAGGCAUGCCAAGUUUUUUGAAGAGCCAGAAGACCCCAGCAGUAGAUCCUUUUUCUCAGAAAUAAUCUCGUCUAUAUCUGACGUCAAGUUCAGCCACAGUGGUCGGUACAUGAUGACCAGAGACUAUCUGUCGGUGAAGGUAUGGGACCUCAACAUGGAGGGCAGGCCUGUCGAGACCCACCAGGUACAUGAGUACCUACGAAGCAAGCUCUGCUCCUUGUAUGAGAAUGACUGCAUCUUUGACAAGUUCGAGUGCUGCUGGAACGGUUCAGACAGUGCCAUUAUGACGGGGUCCUACAACAACUUCUUCAGAAUGUUUGAUAGAAACACACGGAGGGAUGUUACACUGGAAGCCUCAAGAGAGAACAGCAAACCCCGAGCCAGCCUGAAGCCCCGGAAAGUAUGUACAGGGGGUAAGAGAAAGAAAGACGAGAUUAGCGUGGACAGUUUGGACUUCAAUAAGAAGAUCCUUCACACAGCCUGGCACCCCAUGGAGAGCAUUAUUGCUGUAGCUGCCACCAAUAACUUGUAUAUAUUCCAGGACAGAAUAAACUAAGGAAGCUGACUGGAGGACCAAGUGUUGUUUGCAUAGUUAAGCCAGUCGUUUCCCUGUCACAGAAAAGGCGUUGUCCUCUCCAUUGAGAAUAGUGAUGCGCUUCCACUUCCUCAUAGACACAGGAGAAGAAGGGGUCUCAGCUGGAGUCUUGGGAGAGAUGAGUGCCGCUGCUGAAAGGAAAACCUACUCGAAGCUGAAUUGGUGGACUUUGUUCAAUAAAGGCCGUUCCUCAAUUGUAUUUAUUUAAGUCUGAGCCUUCCUUUCCAACUUACUUAUAGACCAAAAAACUAACAUCUGAGAGGAUAAAAAGCUCAUCCCAUCUCUGUCCAGCUCUUCCCUCUGUCUCUGCCAUCCAUCCCUGGAGCCCCAGUGGACUGCAUCACCACUGGUGCGUGGAUCCGCCCGAGCAGGCUCAGGCAGCUUUACUCACCCACUGUAUCUGCCAUCACCUCUGUGGAGCUACUUAAUAAACACAACACACUGUGAAGUGUUUUUAAACCCAAA